ACGACUUCCGUGUUGACCCACGUUUCACGCUGCUCCACGGGACAUAGUGUUCACAUAGUGUUCCUUUCAUACAUCGUCAAGAUGAGGCCUUUGACCGACGAAGAGACGAAAACAAUGUUCGAGAAGCUGUCGAAGUACAUCGGUGAAAAUAUAAAACUGCUGGUGGACCGACCGGACGGUACCUACUGCUUCAGGCUGCACAAUGACCGCGUGUACUACAUGAGUGAGAAGAUCCUCAAGCUGGCCACGAACUUCUCCCGGGACAAGCUCGUGUCAGUGGGCACCUGUUUCGGAAAGUUCACAAAGACCACCAAGUUCCGCAUGCACAUCACGGCGCUGGAUUUUCUGGCGCCCUACGCGAAGUUCAAGGUGUGGGUGAAGCCUGGAACGGAGCAGUCAUUCCUCUAUGGGAACCAUGUGCUAAAAUCUGGGCUUGGGAGGAUCACAGAGAACACGAUGCAGUACCAGGGAGUUGUCGUCUACUCCAUGGCGGACGUGCCCCUGGGUUUCGGAGUCGCAGCCAAGACUACACAGGAGUGCCGGCGAGUGGACCCCAUGUCAAUUGUAGUGUUCCACCAGGCCGAUGUGGGGGAGUUCAUCAGGAAUGAAGACACGUUAACAUAAAGAUGCUUCGACAUCUGGACUGUCACAUUGAAGCGUCUGGUUCAUGGGCGCCUCAGUAGAUGUUACCACUGGCCCAUAUUUUUGAAUCACAGUCUGAAAAACCUGUAUUAACUCCACCUGGGAUACCGCUAAUCUGCCAUCUACAGGAUUCCCCCGUGAGAGCCUCUUGCUGUUCCACAUCUUGUCAAAAUAAGCAAUGUCCGUUUCUGUUUUUCUUUUGUAAAUGUCAUCUUUAAAAUAAAUCCUCAGUCUUUUAUUAUUA